CAGCGCGCCCCGCGCGGUGAAGAAGCGGCGGCUGCGGGUGGGGGCAUUUUGUGUCCGCGGCUCUAGCGCCGGGCGACAAGAUGGCGGCGGUGGCGGCCGAGUGAGGGCCCGGCGGCGGCCGGGACCCGGCGGAGCCAGCCGGCCUUGCGUUUCCUUUGCUCCCCUCUCCUGUCCUCGAAGCUUCUCGGAGGCCGCCCCGCGUUUUUCUGGAGGGCGCCGAGCGCCGCCUGUCCGGGGAGCGGGACCGAGCCACGGAGGGGGCGCCCGCCGGGGGGGGCCCGGCCGAAGCCGAGCGGCGGGGACCCGCCUUCCUCCUUCUGUCCCCCGCCUUCCUCUCCUCUCCCUCCCCUACCCCUCUCCCCCACUCCGGGGCGGCGGUAGCGCCCUCUUCGCCGGCGAGGCUCCCAGCGCCGGGAGGGCCCUUUAGCCACCCCUCGCCAUGGCGAGCAGUAGCGGCUCCAAGGCCGAAUUCAUUGUCGGAGGCAAAUACAAGCUGGUGCGGAAGAUCGGGUCAGGCUCCUUCGGGGACAUCUAUUUGGCGAUCAACAUCACCAACGGGGAGGAAGUUGCUGUGAAGUUGGAGUCUCAGAAGGCUAGGCAUCCCCAGCUGUUGUAUGAAAGCAAACUAUACAAGAUUCUGCAGGGAGGAGUUGGCAUUCCACAUAUACGGUGGUAUGGUCAAGAAAAGGACUACAAUGUUCUAGUUAUGGAUCUUCUUGGUCCCAGCCUUGAAGACCUAUUCAACUUCUGUUCUCGCAGGUUUACGAUGAAAACAGUACUUAUGUUAGCAGACCAGAUGAUCAGUAGAAUUGAAUAUGUGCACACAAAGAAUUUUAUACACAGAGACAUUAAACCAGAUAACUUCCUAAUGGGUAUUGGGCGUCACUGUAAUAAGUGUUUAGAAUCUCCAGUGGGGAAGAGGAAAAGAAGCAUGACUGUUAGUACUUCUCAGGACCCAUCUUUCUCAGGAUUAAACCAGUUAUUCCUUAUUGAUUUUGGUUUGGCCAAAAAGUACCGGGACAACAGGACAAGGCAACACAUACCAUACAGAGAAGACAAAAAUCUGACUGGCACAGCUCGAUAUGCCAGCAUCAAUGCACAUCUUGGUAUUGAGCAGAGUCGUCGGGAUGACAUGGAGUCUCUAGGCUAUGUAUUGAUGUACUUUAACAGAACCAGUCUGCCUUGGCAAGGAUUAAAGGCUGCAACAAAGAAGCAAAAGUAUGAAAAGAUUAGUGAAAAGAAAAUGUCCACUCCUGUUGAGGUUUUGUGUAAGGGAUUCCCUGCAGAAUUUGCCAUGUAUCUGAACUACUGUCGUGGCCUGCGCUUUGAAGAGGCACCAGAUUACAUGUAUCUGAGGCAAUUAUUCCGUAUUCUUUUCAGGACCUUGAACCACCAAUAUGACUACACAUUCGACUGGACAAUGUUAAAGCAGAAAGCAGCACAGCAGGCAGCCUCUUCCAGUGGGCAGGGGCAGCAGGCCCAAACCCCCACAGGCAAGCAAACUGACAAAUCCAAGAGUAACAUGAAAGGUUUCUGAGCAUGGCGAGGAUGGGACAAAGCAGAGCAGAUCGGAGCAGGACUUGUCACUCCCCAAAUCCUAGAAAUUUUAGUUCAUACGUACACUUGCCAGUGGCUGUGGGCAACCAUUUACUUGGUGUAAAGAACUUACUAUCAGUAUAAACUGGCUCUGGGCAGUGUCAAUGAUGCUGCACUUUGAGUUGUAGCAGCUGUAAUUGUGAAUAUUACUGAGAUAGUGAAACAUGGUGUCCAGUUUUCUAUUGCAUUUUUUCAAGUGGAAAAGUUAACUAAUGGUUGACACACAAGUGGAGAAAAUUGUGCAUAUGCCAAUUUUUGUUACCUUUUUACUUUGAACUACACUGCUUAUGAGAUCUCAUUGUUUUGGAAGAAUGGCAUGAACAGUCUUCGGCAACAGUUGUGAGCAUUUACAAUUAUCACAAUUGAGCACUCUUUUCUGGUUAUUCCUCCCUGGGUUUUGAAAGUUGUACACUUAAAACAUUCUUAAAGUUGUUGGCUUCUAUGUGCAACAUACCAAGCCAGCUGACAUGGUAGUAACCAAAGAUUCCAGUUUUUAAGCAUAUGAAAGACUCUGCCUGCUUACCUGUGCUAGAAAUAACAGCAUCUAAAGUGAAGACUUAAGAGAAAUUUAGCGACUACUAGAUAAUCUUUAGGACUCUGCAUUAACUCUAUAAUGUUCUUGGUAUAAAAGGAAAAACAGCAUAUUUGUCACAAAAUUUAGUUAACAUCUUACAACUGAACCUGUAUGUAAGUUGCUUAGAUAAAUGUAAUCACUGUAAACAUCUAUAUGAUCUGGGAUUUUGUUUUUAUUUUGAAGCGGGAGCUUUUUUGUUUACAAGUUCAUUAAAAAACUAAAAGCUGUUUCUGUAAGGAAAUUACAUUUUUUUUUAAAUUUGCCUUGUUAAUUCAGUUUGAAAAAUCUACAUUACCCUGUUUUUAAACCAAGUUUCGAGGCCAUUUGUUAAGCAAAAGAAGUCAUAUUUCUUUCUAAAUCAUUUUAGAUUUAGUGUUGUAACUCUUCCUCAUUUUGUUUUAAAAUAAAUUUUGUAUUUUUUCCUUGAUGGGGAAGGGGCAGUCUUGCAUUUUUAUAACUUGUUGUUUGAGACCAGCCCUCUCUACUAAAAUUGGAUUUUUAAAAAUGAAAUGGCAUCUUUUGCAGACCUGGUAUUGGCAGGCUCUGAGCAUUGCCGUGCCAUGCAUCGGCUGGACUGACUUGUGAUUGCUAGUUUUGAGAAAAAUUUGAAUGGAGUAUUUGGAUGGCUUUAAACCAAGGCAUUUUCUUUCAAGUUCUUGUGAAGUGGAUAUGACCAGAUUUAUUCUUGUUCUUUGGGGACAGCCUCGCACCAUGCAGAGUUCACAUUGGUUACUGCCCCAGGCUGUCUUCCUUCUCACUCCUAUUCUAGCCCAGCUGAAAGAAAGAAAUACUUUUAUUGCUGGUAAUUCUUUAACAGUGUAAUUUAUUCCUUUAUAGCAUGUCAGAAUAAAUUAAAAAAAGUCUGAAAAUGCUGCCAGA